AACGAAGCGCCGCUCACCGCCGGGAGGUCCGUAGAAUCAAAACAAACUCCAGCCAGCAGUCCGUCUCCACGUGCAGGAAGACGUCUUCUGUACGUUGACUCGCGCACCAUUCCCGAAAUGCAUUGACGUCCCCGUCGCGCCAUCUUUAGAAAACACAAAGUAUCUGGCCAGUGGAGGUUAUCAUGGGGAUCAAGGCCCAGCGCCCACGGUGCUUCCUUGAUAUCGGAAUCAGUAACGUGCUUGUUGGCCGAGUCGUGGUGGAGUUGUUUUCAGAUGUCUGCCCCAAAACUUGUGAGAAUUUUAGAUGCCUCUGCACAGGUGAGAAAGGAAUCGGUAAAGGCACACAGAAACCUCUGCAUUACAAAGGAUGCCUGUUCCACAGAAUUGUCAAGGACUUCAUGAUUCAAGGAGGAGACUUCAGUGAAGGGAAUGGAAGAGGAGGUGAAUCUAUCUAUGGAGGCUUUUUUGAAGAUGAAAGCUUCUCUGUCAAACAUAACAAGGAGUACCUUCUGUCCAUGGCGAACAGGGGUAAAGAUACAAAUGGAUCACAGUUUUUCAUAACAACAAAACCCUCACCACAUCUUGAUGGUGUUCAUGUGGUUUUUGGCCAUGUGAUCUCUGGCCAAGAGGUUGUCCAGACCAUGGAGAGCCAGAAAACAGACCCCAAUAGUCGACCAUAUGCCGAGGUGAAAGUUUUGAACUGUGGGGAGCUCAUCCCGAAAGCCAAAGUGAAGAAAGAUGGCAAAAAAGAGAGGGCCUCCUCCAGUGAGAGCAGUAGCUCCAGCGACUCAGACAGCUCCUCAGAGUCUUCUUCUGAGUCUGAGGAGUCUGAGAAAGAAUCGAAGAAGCGGAAAAAGAGGGCGAAAAAGCAGAAGAAGAAACAGAAGAAGAAAAAUAAGAAAAGGUCAGAAGCUGGCAGCGCUGAUGAGAAAGAAGAGGAGCCCAUUUUAUCUAGCGUACGUCCUGAGGAAAUUCCAGCCAUCCCCGAGAACCGAUUCCUCAUGAGGAGAAGUCCACAGCAGGUCCAGAAGCAAAAAGAGGAGGCUAGGAACGACCAGAGGAAGAAGGAGGACCGGCCAAGGGAGAGGUCGUUUAAUUCUCAGUCAGCAUAUCACAGAAGACUGGUGAUGACGCGAUCGGGCAGGAAGAUAAAAGGCAGGGGUCCAAGGCGUUAUCGGACUCCGUCACGCUCUCGUUCAAGAUCCAGGGAUCGCUUCCGGCGCAGCGAAACUCCUCCACACUGGCGACAAGAGAUGCAGCGUCAGAGGAUGAGGGCAGUCACUGGAGAGCGAUGGAUCAAGGGUGACAAAGGCGAUGUGACUGAGUCCAAGGAUGAGGCUUCCAAAGCUUCCAGAGGAGGAGAGGGAAGAAUAUCAGAAACCAGGCAUGAACACACAUCUGAGAGUAAAAAAGACAAGAGACGUCGGUCCCACCGAUCUAAAAGCAAGGAAGAGGACGCGUCAAAGAAGGAAGAGAAACACAGCAAAAACAAGGCAAAUAAAAGAGGCAAAUCUCACAGCCGCAGUAAAAGCAGAGAAAAGGGUAGAUCCAAAAGCAGAGAGAGGGAUCAUAAACACAAAAUUAGCGACAGAAGAGGGCGCUCCAGAAGCAAAGACAGAAAAGAUAACAAAGAGAAAGCAAAAGAGUCCGAAUCUGAUCAAAGUAAGGAAAGAAAUAAGCGUUCUGAGUCUGAUAAGAAGCAUAGGGAAGAUGCAAAAGGAAGAAAUGGUGAGAGAGUCAGGACAAAGUCACGAAGCAAGGAAAGAUCAGCCGCCAAAGAUGGGCACAGAUCAAAUAGUAGAAGCAGGGAUAAGGGUAGAUCUGCAGUGUCAAAAGACAAGGAGGAAAAAGACAGAGAGAGGAACAGGGAGCGCAGUAGGAGUCCAGUGGGACGGCACCAUGGUGAAAGAGAGGAUAAGAGGCGAGGGACCUCCGGGAACAAGGAUCGAACAAGGAGCCCGGACAGAAACAGGGCCAGAGACUCUCACAGGGGCAGGCGCUCCCGGAGCAAGAGUAACAACAGAAACCAUAGCAAAGAGAGGUCAUCUCAUAGAAAGGAUAAGGACAGAGAAUCUGCCCACCGCAAGAGAUCCAAGAGCAGACGCAGCAGCAGCUCAGACAGUGGCGGAGAGGAGAAAAGGAGGAGCCGAAAAAGCCCCGAUUCCAAGAAGAGAAGAGCAGACAGUCGGCGGCGAGAGUCUUCUCCCAAAUCCAGAGACAGCAGGAGAAGCCCGAGAGCAGAUCGCAGUUCAAAAGGCGAAGACAGAAACCUCGUCAAGAGGAACAGAUCAAGCUCCAGCUCCAGCUCCAGCUCUAGCUCCAGCUCCAGCUCCAGCUCUGAUGAUAGUGACUGAGCCUGUGAUUAACCAUACUUGAUUUGGGGAAGUCUGAGGUUUUUGUUUUGAAUGCUUUGAUAAAUGAUAUCUCGGCUUUACAAUAGUUCAAUUCUAGACAGUUUGUUAAAAAAAAAAAGAGAGAGAAGAAAAGAAACAAUAAUUUUGAAAGAUUUCACUGCAACAGAAUCUUUUUAAAUUCUUUUUCUCAAACAAAUUUUUACUGUAUUUUUUAUUUUUAUUUUAUUUUUUUUGUUGUUAUUUAAUGCAGUCUUUUUUGGGGAUAAGGAUCAAGUUCACCUGAUGUCUGACUUUUACUAGACAAAGUAUUUUUAGUGCAACAGUUGAUGUGUAAGAAAGCCAUGGUUUCUUGUUAUUUCUUGCAUGCUUAUCCCUGGUUCAUUGUUGGUUAAAAAAUGUAGAUCCAUGACCUAUUACUGUUGUUUUUUUUGUUUUGUUUUGUUUUUUCAAUUGAUUUUGAGAUACCUAUGGUUUGCAUUUAAAAUGGAAAACAUGUCAGUGUAACAUUAUAGAUACCACAUAAAAUGAGUUUCUAUAAU